UAUACAUAUGAUUUGAGGAGAUUACUCUGACCGAAGCUAUAAAUCAUCAACAUUGAGAAGCAAACCUAAAAAUCAUUUUUCGAUUUGACUGGUAGAAGGCAGAAAUAUGAUGCAAAAAAUGAAAACAUCUUCAAUCUUUCUUUAAAUUUUUGUGCUUUGAUUUUGGUGAGAUGAAAGCCAAAUCUGAUUUUUUUGAGCCUUUUGGAUGCUAUGGAACAGCUGAAAAGCCACCUGCAAACACCCUAAUUUUAUAAAAUAUUUGCACAAAAAAUUUGAGAGAUUAAAAUUUUACCGCUAUGUUUUUUUGACUUGGUGGACAUUUCAUGUCAUGUCACGUUUUUUUAACUUAGGUGGAACUUUCCAUUACUUAAACCAGGUGGAACUUCCACUAACUUUAUCAGAGGCAGAUAUAUUUGCCACUUAAGCCACUUUUGUCAUGCAAGGUAGAAAUUUAAUGUGGUUUUGCUGCCUUAAAAGUACACCCAGGCAGAGAUUUGGACUGGCUGAGCCAUCAUUAUAAAUUUAUGAGUAAUAGUUGGAACUAAGUGAUGUUGCCAAGGUAGAGAUCUCCAACGACCUAGCCAACUCUCAAUGUGUUAUAACUUAUGCUGAACUUUGGGCUGAGUUAGCCACUUUUCCUUGCUCCUAAAUGCCUUUUUCUUCUGCUGGUUUGCUGCGUCCUUUUGAAUGCUGCCCACUGAAUGAAAUGAAUGAGGAUUAAUAACCUCUGAAUUUCUGCUGUCCUGCUGCUGUGGUGGUCUUCUAUUGCUGCCUAUCUGAAGAUUGAAUAGAGAACCACAACGUAUAUUCAUGGUUGAAACACAACGGAUUUUAAAUGGAGAGAAGUGAAAGUGGAGGCCAUGAGACUAUCUCCGACUAAGAUUUCAAAGGAAAACCGAACAGCCCUCUAGAGAUGAGAAAACCAAUCAAGAGCUAUAGAAAUUGACAGAAACAAUCAUUCUUUUUAUUGAAUACAGGUCAUGGGAAAUUUGAAGAUAGUUGGAUUUAUUUCCUCUAAGAAAUUCUAGCCAACAAAUAUUUUGGUCUCACUUUUUAUGUGCAUAUAUUUGUGAAACCAUUAUGUGAACUUUCCUUUCAUAUUUGAGUACAUGUGUGUGUAAGAGAGAGGGAGGAAGGCUGGAAUGGAAACGGAGAGAGAGAAAUGAAAAAUAGUAGAUGGCUGGAAAAAUUGCAGCUCUAUCAAAGUUGACUUUGGAAGACUCAAAAUUGAUUCUUCCAAAAGAAUCUUUUCCACCAUGGGUUGUCUUCUCCAAUCGUCAAAAGUUAAGCUGGUUGAAUUUCAAACUGAAGAAGGUUUGGCCAUUUAUCAACGAGGCUGCAUCUGAAUUGAUCAAAGAAAUAAUAGAGCCAAUUCUAGAACAGUACAAACCAUCUAUAUUGGCUUCUCUCACAUUUUCAACAUUUACUCUUGGUACUGUUGCUCCACAAUUUACAGGAGUUAAAUUGGUUGAGACUACAAAUAGUGGAGCCAUAAUGGAGCUAGAGGUGCAGUGGGAUGGUGAUCAGAAUAUUGUAUUGGAUAUUAGAACAUUACUUGGUGUGACUCUUCCAGUCCAGGUAAAAAAUAUUGGUUUCACUGGUGUGUUCCAAUUGAUAUUGCAACCUUUAGUGAACCAACUUCCUUGCUUUGGGGCGCUUAUAUAUUCUUUGCUUGAGAAGGAGAACCUAGACUUUACUUUGAAGGUUAUUGGAGGUGACAUCAAGGCAAUUCCAGGGUUGGCUGGUGCUAUUGAGGCAACAAUUAAAGAUGCACUUGAAGGCUCUCUAAUGUGGCCCGCACGGAACAUUAUUCCUAUUUUACCUGGAAAUUACAGUGAGCUGGAGUUACGAACUGUAGGAAUCCUGGAGGUGAAGCUUGUACAAGCUAAGAAUUUGAAAAACAAAGAAUUCCUGGGAAAGUCUGAUCCUUUUUGUGUCAUCUAUACAAGACCAUUACGAGAUAGUUUGAAGAAAAGCAAAACCAUAAACAAUCAACUGAAUCCUGUUUGGAAUGAGCAUUUUGAGCUAGAGGUUGAGGAUGUCUCAACUCAACGUCUUCACAUAAAGGUUUUUGAUGAAGAAAAGGUUAAAGGAGAUAAAAUUAUGGGUUAUUCCAGUAUCAAAUUGAAGGACUUGGAGCCAGGAGACAUUAAGAGCUUGUGGCUGCCAUUAGUCAAAUAUUUUAAAGAUAAACGGGAUACCCAAUAUAGGGGUGAGGUAAAUGUAGAGCUUAGGUAUUGUCCACUUGGCAUGGAAGCUGAGCUUACAAAUUCUUUCAAAAGAAAAGAAUAUACAUUGCUCGACGAAACAUUUUCUAUGGAUAUGAUUGGGCAGGUCAAUUCUUCAUUAAAAUAUGAACUUUCUUCCAAGAGGCAUAGAAUAGUACGGGGUGUUCUUUCUGUGACAGUUAAACGUGCUGAAAAUUUGAUGCCAAUGGAUUUUUUGACUAAGUUGUCUGAUCCUUUUGUCAUAUUAAAGAUGCAGAAAUCCAACACACUGAAACAGACAAGAGUUGUGCCAAAAACCUUAGAGCCUACAUGGGACCAGACAUUUCACUUUGUGGUGGAGGAUGCAUUGCAUGACUUGCUGAUUGCGGAAGUGUGGGAUCAUGAUACCUUUGGCAAGGAUUUCAUGGGCAGAAGUAUUUUGACGUUAUCAAAGUUGCUUCUUGACGGGGAAUACGAUGCAGACUUGACACUGGACGGUAUAGAAUCCGGCCAAUUAUUUCUGCAUCUUAAGUGGACACGACAGCAAUACUACAUCUGAUGGUUCUCCAUGAUAAAAACAUAAUUUUUAAUGUGAGGAGAAAAAAGACACCAAAAUAAUCUGUUGGUUUUUAGUGUUAUAUUAUUUCUUACUGCAAGUUUGCCAUUUGCAAAAUAUUGCACCAUACAGAGGCAGGAAUUACCUUUUAAAAUCUCAUAUAUUUAUUAGGGGAAGAGCACCAAUAGCCGUCAUAGUUCCAAUACCCGCACACUUAUUGUCAUAUUGACCCCCCAAAAAAUACAAAUACCAAUAAAUAUUUAAUUGAACAUCAAAAUAUGUUCACAACUGAAUGUUCAGUUGACCACAAAAAAAUCAAAAAAAUAAAACAACUACUAGUACUUUAUAUACAA